AUGGCGUCGUCUUUGUCGUGGAAUAAUGAAAAGAUUAUUAACUUUAUUGAAGCAGUUCGCUUGCAUCCUUGUUUGUGGGAUAACAAAAGUCCUGAUUUUAAGGAUCGUUUGCUAAAAAAAGAUGAAUGGACUGCUAUUGGGCUGCAGUUUAAAAUAUCUCAUGACGAAGCAGUAAAAAAAUUUAAAAAUUUACGCACACAUUUUAACAAUGAAAUAAAGAAAUUGGAGAAAAAGCAAAAAAGUGGCAGUGGUGCUUUUCAAGAAAGCAAUUGGUUUGCUUUUAAAAAUUUUGCUUUUUUUAAAAGGCACAGAUGA